CAAAGAUGGCGGACAGGAGUGAAGGAUUGUGUACAUAAAGUUUACCAAUGCUGCUAUACCAUAAUGAAUAUCUACAAAAUACGACCGUUUUUUAACGGAUUGUACAUUCGGCAAUCUACGUGUCUGCUUGAAUCUUUUCAGACUUUAAGAUGUAAAAGUUCAGAUCAGAUAUUUUCACGAGACACUCAUCCAGAAGACUAUGAUUUAGUUGGGCCACAAGAUUCUAAGUCAAAUAUAAGAAAGAUGAUAUUCUCAAAGAAAUCCUACGAGACACGAAGGGAGCAAGAACUGAGACUACAAAAGCAAGCCUUGCAAUCAUGGCAUCAGGAGUUCUGGACAAAGCAUAAUAAGAACUUUAAUGAGUCAAAGAAAAAAUUCUUGGCAGAAAGAAGGAAGAAUGAAGAUGAGAGUGACAAGCAGUUUGCAGAUGAUUUGUCAGUAUUUUACAAGGAUUUCUUGGAUAAGAACUUCAAUCUUCACAAAGAUUAUCUCUGGGAAUGGUACAAAAGGAAUUUCAAGUUGGUUUGGCCCUCAUUUCUUAUUUCUUUUCAACAGUGCAAAAACCGGUUGCUCAGAAGAAAGUAGACUGGCACCAUGCGUUUUCUUGAUACAGUCAUGUGAUUUAAUUGUAAAUAUCAUAUCAAAAUUAAACUUGAAUGGGAUUGGGUGUUUU